AGACUAGUCUGACCAGGAAAUUGACCCAUGUUGUUUAUCAAUUCAUGGAAUGUGGAAAUGUAGUAAAUAAUUGGUCCAGAGACAUAUAUCCUAUUUAUAUACCCACUGUUAACAUAGGCCGGGAGUAAACUAUGGCUUGAUAAAGGACUGCGUAAAAGCAAAGUCGAAGAACCCCCCCCAAGCGUUAGGAACUCCCCUGUAAGUGGAGAUGGCUGUCUGCCUGGAGAUGUUUAUAAGUCGCUGCUUGCCCGACUCAACGCAGAACCCCAGCAAGGUGCACGCCCCCAUGGUUAUACUCAAGAGGGAGUCGGAGAGUGGUGUGCGGGCGGUUGAGAGCGUGUACUUGGCUGCCGGCUGCACUCUGCUGUCCUCAGCCCAGCUGCUGAACCCCAAGCUGCGUCUCAGCUACACCAUCACCAGUGGCCAGCAGCAGCAGGUCUACACCAUCGACCCCGGCUCCGCCCACAAAUGGCUGCACGGCAACAGCAGCUGGGCCUGCAAGCUCUGGCCCGUGUGACCUCAUCAGAGUAGUAGAAAGUACAUGUAGGCUGUAAGUACAACACUAGUAGUAUGACAUGACGAAGUUGGAAACCAUGUAAUAUACUACUAGUGUUGUAAUUCCAUCGGUAAGCGUACUUCCACAACUCUGGACCUAAUCACGAACAAAGUGUGUGACCAAUUGCAUGAAAGCUAUGGCCCUUUCUGACCAAUCACACAGAAGUUUUACUAAAACUGUGGCCCUGUGACCAAUCAUGCAUAAGUUGUGGUCCUGUGAGUUCUGGUCUCUGUGACCAGACCACAUGCGCAUAAAAAGCACUCUCUUCUCCAACACUAUCAAGAAAGCACUUGUUUACCUUUUAGACCUUCACAGACUUGGAUGGUUCAUGCACUUCCUUUUGAAGAGAUUUUACGUUGACCGUUUUGGAUUACGUUGUUUUUACUGAUUUUACAUUUCAUAUUGCAUGUUAUUUUUUAUUAACUGAUAAUUGUUCCUAAAUGUGAAAAAAGUUUAUUUGAAUGUGAAGUCUGUUGCAAUUAAUGUAAGUGUUGCCGUUGGAGUGCAAUUAACUUUUUGUUUGGAGGAUGGACGACUGUUCUUUGCGUUUUGUUUGGGCCAAAUAGGCAAUAAAUACAUAUUCUGUAUACAA